CGCAGGCAGCCGGCGCCAUGCCGAUGAAGGGCCGCUUCCCCGUCCGGCGCACGCUGCAGUACCUCAGCCAGGGCGACAUCAUCUUCAAGAGCUCGGUGAAGGUGAUGACCGUGAAUUACAAUACAGCGGGCGAGCUCAGCGAGGGCGCCAGGAAGUUCGUAUUUUUCAACAUCCCCCAGAUCCAGUACAAGAACCCCUGGGUGCAGAUCAUGCUCUUCAGGAACAUGACGCCCUCACCCUUCCUCCGCUUCUACCUGGACAGUGGAGAACAAGUUUUAGUCGAUGUGGAAGAUAAAACCAACAAGGAGAUAACAGAACACAUUAAAAAAAUCUUGGGGAAAAGCAAAGAAACACUUGAAAAAGAGGAAAAGGAAAGAAAAAAACUAUCACAUCCUGCAACUUUUGGUCCCAAGAAAUACCACCUGCGAGAGUGCAUGUGUGAAAUUGAAGGCCAGGUUCCCUGCCCUGCUUUUGUACCACUUCCCAAAGAAAUGAGGGGCAAAUACAAAGCGGCUAUGAAAAAUGAAGCAUCAGCCUAACCCCUUUAGCCCUGCACUUGCUCCCUCGCAGCGGGAUGAUCGAGGUGCUUCCCUGAGAGACAGCGCUAUUGGCUCUGGGAAAAGGACUUACAUAACAGACAUACUUGCCUUGUAACUUUUCACAGAUAGAAUAAUUCAAGGAAAAAAUAUUCUUAAAUCUAAAUUUAAAAAAUGCCAGAUGUAGUAAGUAUUGCUAUGCCUGAAAGCAAGGAAAAUGGUGCAACCAUAGUCAUUUCCUACUCCUGCCUACUUUCAUCCUGUCACAGCAUCUUGUAAACUCAAAACCACUUCCCUGUUUGUAGGAGAUGGAGAGAAUAAUUUUUUAGGCUACUUUUU